AGAGAGAAACAUGACAUUUAUUGAAUAAACCUUCUUGCUGUACAUGCCUGGGGCUGCGUGCCAUGGCCAGAGCAACCUGAUGGGGCAUGUGGGAAGUUGUGGCUAGGGCCCUGGUGUCUGGUGUGAAACACCGAUGCCAAGCACACGAGAUGUGGGGAAUGGAGUGGGCAGUAGCACUGGGAAAAGCCCCAAAAUCCGUGCUGGGGCUGGAGCCUGUGCUGCAGGUGAGCACAGCUCAUUGUGAUGACCCAGCAAUGGAGUGUGGCAUCGCUGUGGGAGGGAGGGCAGUGAUGUCCCCUGGCAAAGGUCGAAAGAAGGUGACGCCCAGCAGCUUGGCCAAGUGAUGGAUUGAGACAUCUCCAGGCAACGGAUUGUGACUCCAUAGCCAUGCUGCUUGAAUGUGGGUGCAUCAGCUCAGCCCAGCAGUUCGUGCCUGGCCUCCAACCGAGCGUGUGUGCGAGGACUGGAGUGUGGAGAGGGCGAGCUUUGGUGCUGGAACGUGCUCUGGGUGCUGCUAGCACAGCUCUCAGUGGCCGUCUCAGAGCCACUUGUUGUUUACCCGACCCUGCUUGGAGCAGGCAGACGGGAUAUCCCAGAGAGGCGCGUGCAGCAGCAUAGCGUGACACCUGCUGCUGUAGCGUCAGUGCUGGGGAGCGCGUUGCCAUCUCGUGCUCCCCCUAGCCCACCGCACGUGGUGGACGCAUGGAGGCAGAAUUAGACACCCGCUGCCCCGUAUGCCUGGAGAACUGCGACAGCGCGGCAUACGCCAUGCCGUGCUGCCACCAGUUCUGCUUCCACUGCAUCCAGCGGUGGACUAGCACCAGGCCCCAGUGUCCGCUUUGCAAACGGGGUGUGGAGUCCAUCAUCCACACAGUGCGAGCGGACAACGACUAUCAGGAGCUGGUCCUCAGACCAGCUCCAGUGGCAUCCAUGGCCACACGGAGCCCCACAGGCCCCUGGGCAGCCCGGCCAUGGCCUGCAGUGCCCAGGCGUUCUGUGGGCGGCCUCACUCCUGCCACCUGGGCUUCCCUCUUCAGGGAGCACCCGGCCCUGCUGCAGCCCCUGCGGUCCUGGCUGCGCCACAAGCUGCACCGCAUCCUGGGCACCCAGGAGCCACAGGCAAAUACGGUGGCACACAGUGUCAUCUGGGCCCUGCUCCUCGUCGGCUUGGCGGAGGAGAUCCUGGCAGAAAUGCUGGAACCCGACCUGGAGGGCCACACGGUGACCUUUGUACGGCAGUUCAUCGCCUUCACCGUGCAGAGGUGCGGCAGGGAGGCCCACCGCUUGCUGGGCCUCAAUCUCUCCCCCGCUGCUGGGCCACAGGAGGCCAACCCUGCAUCAGAGCCCAGAGCUGCCCCACGGGAGGAGGCUUCUGUCCAUGGCCCAGCAUCCUCCACCAGCUCUGCCAGCUCCAGCAGGAACGAAAUGCCGGGCAGGACAGCGGAAGAGCUCCAUGGGCAUCCCAGCCGCCCACAUUACAAUCCCGUGACUGUCACCAUGGAGCAGGCAGUGCCUCGCGAGGAGCCAGAAGAGCCUGUGGCAGGGCCCUCUGGCACCAGCCAAACUGGGAGGACAACCCGGCGAGCCCCAAAGAGGAAGGCCAGCGACUCCCAGGCCUCAGCAUCGCCAAAGAAGAGGCCACCCCGCCGGCAGGAAUAGAACGGUGGUGGAGCUGAGGAGACUGGGGCUGGGCAGCAGCUGGGACACACACCGGCCCCAAUGGACCCUUGUCAUCAGUGUCCAAUUCCACCAUGGAAAUAAAGGAGAAAAAUGUGUUGGCAUUGCUAAGAGCAGAGCGGUUGUUGCUUCCCCGUCCUUGAUGCUUUCUUCCCUUUUUCCUGCUGCCAUGCCACUGCUGGCACUGUUGCAUUUCAGACGGGAAUCCCAUGGACUGCAGAGAGGGGAAGGGCAAAUUUCUGCACCUGGGGAGGAACAUCCCCAGGCCGCACUACAGCUGGGAUUGGCCAUCUGGAGCAGAACUAGGAGCCCUGCUGGACACCAGGCUGAACCAGCAAGGAGCCCAGGCCGCCUUGGUGAAUGGUGUCGUGGGCUGCAUGAGGCCGGGUGCCACCGGCAGCUGAAGGGCGGUUAUCCUGCGGCUCUGCUCAGCUCUGAGGAGGCCACAGCUGGAGCACUGGGCCCUGAGCUGGGCUCCCCAGCUCAAGGCAGGCCUAGUGUUGUUCACUUUGCAUAUCCAUGGCCCUGGGAUUGCAAACUGUCCCUGUCCCAUCUGCCCAGGGGCUGCUGGGCUUGCUGGCAUGUGGUGUAUUUGGAGGGGUGGAGGGCUUGGUAUUGUGCGCAGGUAUGAGGAGCAGGGUUUGUCCCCAGCCUUGCAGAGGAGCCUGUCCUUCACCCUCUUGUGACAUGC